AUGAGCCAGACGCAGAAGCGCUGCUGGAACUGUCGCCAGCAAAAGAUUGCCUGCGACAAGACGCUGCCGCACUGCCGCAACUGCGUCAAAAAGGGCCGCCAGUGUCUUGGAUACGGCCUGAAGCUGUCGUGGCCGCGCAAGGGCGACCAGAGACGGUCAGCGUCGUUGCAAAAGGAGCAUUUCAUCAUUCCUAUCCGGGCAAAGGAUCCCAUUUUUAUCAAUGCCACGAGCGACGACGUCAAGGGGUCUCAGGAAAACACCCUGGCUCGCUAUGACGAAACUUCCUUUGGCGAGGUUUGGUUGACGAGGCAGCCAAACUUUAACAUGGCAAGGCUGGAUCCUUUCCUUGCUUCACAUACCUUCAGCCCAGUUGCCCGGCUGGUCUCAUCUAGUCAGAGUUGCGAUGAACUCUACGGGUUGCUCGUCAGAAUGUCAUUCCAGGACGACGGCUUGCCGUCGCUGGCGUCAAGGUAUGCCAUCAGCGCGCUGUCAUAUCAGCAUCUAGCCAUGGACAAGACGGCCGUCAUGCAUCAGACCAGAGCGAUCCGAGCACUCCAGUCCGCCAUUGAGACGGCGGUUCCCUCGGAGUGUAUGCAAUUGAUGGCUGCGAGCAUGCUACUAAACAUUUACGAGACGCUCAACUUUGACACUUCGGAUCUCAGCUGGUCCAUCUUCUUCUGCGGCACAAAACGAAUUGCCAACUAUGUCACAAAAACCGACGACACGUAUUUUGGGGACGAGGCACUCAUCAUUGACUGGGUCUUUUACCACGACGUCAUGUACAAGUUUAGUAUUCGCCAUUGGAUCGAAAAGAACAAGGAUCAGAUCAUGCUGGCGUCGCAGAGAAAAGUUCUCUCCAAGGCCGUGUUUUCGCCAGAGAGACAGACGAUUGUUCCCAUCCUUGGCUGCUCCUUGGAACUGCUUGACCUGCUUUGCCAAGCCAUAGAUGCCGUUUACGAGCCCGGUGACCUUGAUUACCAAUCUGAGGCACACUUAAAGCUGGUCCGAUCCCUGGAGAUCCGCUUAAAAUAUCUGCAGCAACGGCAAUCCACAGUAGCGCCGCUAGAUGGGCCCGAGAUGAGGCAGGAGGCUAUCGUUGCCGAGCUGUACCGCCUUGCCGCCAUCAUCUAUCUCCUGCGCAUGGCCAAGGGUGAGCCCGGCAACUCCAAGAGUGUUAUUCCCCUGGUCGACCAGGCGUACGAGCUGCUCGACCAGCUGGUAUACUGCGAGCGACCCUGGCCCCUGUUUGUCAUUGCGCUCGAGGCCCGUUCCGAGGAGCACCGCAUGCGCAUGCUGAGGGUGCUGGAGAAGUCGCUGGAGCGUCGACCGCUGGGGCCCAUGAGGCUGGUCAACAAGAUGAUACCCGAUGCCUGGACGCAACAGGAUCUGCGCGAGUCGUCGAUAGAUCCUUUUACGCUCUACGGCAUGAUUAUCAGCAGGCACCGGGUGCCGCCGUGCUUUACAUAA